AGCCGUGUUCCACCCUUACUGCGCCCGUUGUAGCCUGACCAGCACUCCCAAUGGUUCGGCAGCGAAAACACGACGGUAAAAACUUGAAGCAAAGUGGGAGACUGCAAUCUGCCAAGCAGGAAAGUCGCCCCCAACCGCUGGAGGAAGCUUCGACGCCGCCCACCACCACGGCCGCGGACGGCAACAACAUGCAGUACGUUAGUAACUCCCGUUCCAAGGCCCGCCUCCAACAGUUCGGACCUCAGCCCGGCUUUCUCCGAUGGCUGUUGAGGCUGAGACUGACUAGGGCAUUUUUCAUGGUGAUGGUCGUGGGCGUUUCCGGAUUUUUGCUCGGGAGGAUGGUCCAUAGGGGGCAUAGGGUGUUUAUUGCAGAUCCCCAAGGAGGAUUUCAAGCACACAAAAAUCUUAGAACUCAACAAAAUUUGAAUCAUCCUAAUACAUUAAAUCAGGGUGAUGCACAACAUCGUCAUGCCAAUGCCAAGAAUGGGGCACAGCUGGAUGCACCAAUUCAACAGCCUUUUGUCCACCAUGAAGCUAAGCAUGAAGCAAAAGAGGGAGAAAUUCCAAUGAGUCCGGAAGAGCAACGACAUUUCCAAGAAGUUUACGACAAGCACGCUGCCAUGAGGAAGAAAGCGAAGGAGAUGAGAGAAUCGCUACAAAAGGCUGGUCAACAAAAUGCGGCCCAACCCCAAGCAAUUGUCCCACAGCAACAGCCUCCUCAUGUCGGCCAACAACCAGAUGUCCAGAACCAGAAUGGUCAGCAACCCGCUGCUAACCUCCCAUCAGCCGUCGAGACUGCAAAAGCCAAUCAGCCCAAGAUAGCCGAUGCCCCGAGCGAUUUUGAAACCUACCCUUACCAUGUCAUCCAGACCCUGACAAACACACACAAAAUGCCCCAUUUGAAGACCAGGUUCAUCGAGUGCACAAAAUCCAUCCUGGACAAGGCCUCCAUAAACUUGCACUUCUUUUUCGUCGUGGACGAGCCGAGCAAGAAGUUUAUCAUUGAAGCUUUGCAGGACAUUACCAACCAGCACAUUGCUAGAAACAAAUUUCAAUUCCAUUUCAUUGAGGUUGAUGAGCUGGCCCGCCAACUUGCCCCUCUAGUCUCCAUGCUUCAGGAGAAGGUCACCGGUGGCCACCCUUACUACCAAGAUGCCAUCUUCUUCCUCUCGGUAGCCAUCCAUCGCGGCAUCCUCCCGAGCUACGUCCGUCGCAUCGUCAUGCUGGACUCCGAUCUGAAAUUCAUGACAGACAUCAAAAAGUUGUUCGACCGCUUUGAUCUCUUCACCUCCAACAACAUCAUGGGGCUGGCGCGGGAGAUGCAGCCUGUGUACCGCCAUCUCUUGUCCCUGUACCGCAACAUGAACCAGGGGACGAAAGUCGGCGACCCGCCCCCCGAUGGCCUGACGGGUUUCAACAGCGGCGUGGUGUUGCUCGAUCUAGAGAAAAUGCGCAACAGCGCUGCCUACCGCGGCUUCGUCAAUGCAGAGAAGAUUCACCAACUUACCGAGAAGUACCACUUCAAGGGUCACUUGGGAGACCAGGAUUUCUUUACGUUGAUCAGUUUGGACAUGCCGGACUUAUUUCACAUCCUGCCCUGCUCUUGGAAUCGACAGCUCUGUACUUGGUGGCGGGAUAAGGGAUACGCCAAUGUGUUUGAUCAGUACUACAGGUGUGAUAUGGAAAUUAAUGUCUAUCACGGCAACUGCAAUACACCAAUUCCGUAGUAGUAAAUGUUGGAUAAAUACCCUUAAAGCUAUAGUCCAUCAUUUGCAGCUAUCCGAAAAGUAACUGGCGUAAUUAUUGUUGAAAAACAUACUUGGUUGAAAGAUAGUAAGGGGACUAUACUCCCUGUGAAA